AUGUCGACGUCAGAAGGCGCCAAGUCAGCGCAGCUGGAGCUGACAGAGGUCGAAUCCAAGCUGCGACAGCUGCUGCUGGAUGUGGCUGCCUACAUUGACGAACACCCCUCCAACGGAGACGUUACCGGAGUACAGGUGCCAGCUGAGCUUGCAAAAGAGAAGGUCACGUUGCGUUGGACGGGAGGAUGGGUUCGCGACAAACUGCUCAAAGUCGGCAGCAACGACAUUGACGUUGCCAUCAACAAGAUGACUGGCGAGCACUUUGGCCUGAAGAUGCAGGAGUACCUGGAAAUGCCCGGAAAUGCAGAGAAACACGGCCUGGUUGACAAGAGCAGCAAACGGAGUGGCGCAGACAAGACAAAGAAGAUUGCACCGGGCCUCCACAAGAUCGAGGCAAACCCUGAAAAAUCAAAGAACCUCGAGACGGCCACGACCAAGAUCAUGGGCAUCGACUUGGACCUGGUCAAUCUGCGCAAGGAAACCUACAAUGAGGUCUCGCGGAAUCCGCAGAUGGAGUUUGGCACCCCGGAAGAAGACGCCAUGCGCCGGGACGCUACUGUCAACGCCAUGUUCUACAAUCUGCACACAUGUCAAGUCGAGGACUUUACCGGGCGCGGGCACGACGACAUGGCUGCCAAGAUCAUCCGGACGCCGCUGGAGCCCUACCAGACAUUCAAGGACGACCCGCUGCGAGUGCUGCGGCUGAUUCGCUUUGCCAGCCGUCUGGACUACACGAUUGAGCCCGAGACGGCAAAGGCCAUGGGGAACCCCGAGAUCCAGGAUGUGCUGAAGGUCAAGAUUAGUCGAGAGCGCGUGGGCACAGAGCUGGAGAAGAUGCUCAGGGGUCCCAGGCCGCGCAUGGCCCUGGAGCUCAUUAAUCGAUUUGGUCUGUAUCAGACCAUCUUCACUGAUCCGACACGCGAACUGCCCGCUGGGCCCGAGACAGAAUACUUCAAGCCUGCAUAUGAGUUGAUCGAGUCGGUAGAUACAAAAAGUGGCGACGUGCCUGCUGUUAUUCCUGCUACAUUGUUGAAGAACGAAGAGGACGAGUACCUGGCUUGGAUCUGCGCUACCACGAUGCCCUGGGCUGAUGCACCCAAGGUGCCGCAUUCGAAACCUUCGCAGCGGCCCUUGUUUGCGGCAUACCUUGUCGCCAGAGAAGGCUUCAAGGCGCCGAACAAGAUUUGCGACGUGGUUGCUUCGUCACUGAGUAACAGCGAGAAGAUUCGCAACCUUGUAGCACAAUGCGCCAAGGGUCUCCGACGGCCAGACACAAUCAACCCGACGAGCGACGCUACAGCUAGAGAUACGCUGGGCAUGGCUAUUCGGCAAUGGGGAUCUACAUGGCGGACGCAAGUCUUGUUCAAUCUUUGCUACGAGAUUGUGCUGGGACGCGUGUCAAGAGACGACACGUUCCGUUCCUAUGCCAGUUUCCUCGGCCGCGUGACGGAACUCGGGCUGCUCGAAGCCGACACGUUCAAGCCGCUGGUCAAGGGAACCGACCUGGCCAAGGCGCUCAACACCCAACCCGGGCCUUGGAUGAAAGACGCGCUGGAUGUCGUCAUGGCCUGGCAGCUGCGCAACCCCGACACGAUGGAUACGAAGGGUGCGAUCGAGGCCGUGGCGGCUUCGAGAAGCGAACAGAACGAAAGUGAGCUUCCCCUGCGCUUGGCCUCUCACUUUCUCCAGCUUACCAUGCCACCUCUCUUUGCGCAGAAUAAACCCACGUCCAACGCACUGGAAGCGUCGCGGCAGCCGGCUCCGUGGAAAGAGGCCGGGAACCAGUAUGCUCUGGACCUGUUAGCAUGGGCGAUGCGUAGGCUGGACAAGAAAAAUAUCGAGGCACAGUGGCAGUUUCUGAUGCCCCCCAUCCUGAGGAUGAUGGAUGAUAUUCACGUCGAGUGGAAGGCCAAGGGCUGCCAUAUGCUCAAUCUAGUGCUGGAAGGAUUGCGGCCGCCAGCGAGCAGUGGGAGUGUGUCGGCAAGCUUUGUCCAGCGGAGCGGAUAUGACAAGAUUUUGGCUGAAGCAUUGCUGCCCAUGUUCACCUAUCUGCCUUCGAUUACGCCCGAAGAGGAAUGCGUGACUUUGCUGCGAGAGGUGUAUCCUGCUGUGAUUUCGCUGGCUUUGCUCCUCCCUGAAGCGAGCAGCAAGGGCGACAACCGAGAGGCGUUUCUGGAUGGCAUCGUGCGCCAAGGCAUUGUGUCGCCUCUUGGGCACUUUACUACGCCUUCAGCGUACGCCGAGCUUGCUACGUUGAUCAUGUCCUAUGUGCCUGUUACGCUGGGCCACCUGGGCAUUAGUACGGUCAAACACGUUGGGGACAUUCUGCCUCUGCUUGCGGCCGUUCUACAAGAGCCGUUUGCGCUCAGCCAUGCCCCACUGCUUGGAUCGACGCUGAAGGCUCUGCAAAGUGUCCAAUUCUAUCUCUCUCCCUCUCUCAGCCUGGAAUCGCGCCUCAGGCCACCUCGACUGCUCACUCCCACUCCCACUCCCACUCCCGUCUCUCGCUAA